CCUGUGUGUGUGGAGUUCGCAUGUUCUCCCUGUACUGCGGGGGUUUCCUUCGGGUACUCCGGUUUCCUCCCCCAGUCCAAAGACAUGCAUGGUAGGCUGAUUGGCGUGUCCAAAGUGUCCGUAGUGUAUGAAUGUGUAUGUGAUUGUGCCCUGCCCUGAGAAAGUCCAGGGUGUACCCCGUCUUGUACCUGAUGCUCCCUGGGAUAGGCUCCAGGUUCCCGGUGAGCCUGAAGGAUAUAAGCGGUACGGAAAAUGUCUGGAUGGAUUCCCUUGAUUUAUUUUUCCACAUUUCCUUUACAUCUCUCGAACACGCAUACGUGAAUUCGGCGACGCAAAAACGUCACAAAAACUCUUCUUCCCUUGCGCAAGGAGUUGUGGGCAAUAUUAGCUGAAAAAAGUGUCCAUGGAUCCACACUUCAAAAAUCUAUCGGAAACAGUACACCAUCCGGGUGUCACUGGGAUACUAAUUUCAACAUGCUACGAUCUGGGACAUACUAAUUCUCAUCUCGGGUGCUAUUUAGUACAGAUAGAAUGCCGGUUGGGAUGCAGGGACUGCUUUUUAAUAAGUUCUUCAUAAACUAAAACAGGUGUGUGUUUGUGUUUUUUUUUUUUUUUUUUUGGUUGGAGGUGAAACCUGCAGGAAGGCAGGUCUCCAGGAACAGGGUUGGUGACCACUGCUUUACAGUAUGAACAACACUGACAGCAGUUGGCUAUUUCAGUGCGCACAAUAUGUUUAUCCUGCCCUAUUUGCAAGUUAAACUACUCGAGGCUCUGCGAUUCAAAUUUGGGAAGCGCCGCACAUUAAAACGUGACUAUACACACACACACACACACACACACACACACACACACACACCAGGUUAUAAAUAGAAAAGGAGGAGAAGAAAGAAAAAAAAACAAAAAACGCACACGAAUCAACAGGCCUACAGCCAUCCAUGUUCUGAUGGGUCAAAGGCUAUGCGUAUAGCAAACCAUUGUCCUAACAGCUCUAAAUAGCACCAUAAUGAAUAAGUAGUGCGCUGUAUUCGGUUGUAAGUAUUCCGUACCAUUUCUAGUGCACUUUGAAUGAGUACGAGGCCGUUUGGGAUUUGGCCGCAGCCAGUAACCACUGAGAAAGAUUGAAUGGGUGACGUAGAGGAAGUGCCGGCCCUUAGGAGCAACAGCCUGCGCGUUCACAGCGUCUCCAAUUACACACACACACACACACACACACACACACACACAGAGAUUGAAUGAGCGAAGCUUCAGUUCAGCAGCACUGUCGGGAUCUUCAUCGCGUGAUGUUAGCUUUCUACUGACAAAUGCUGGAAUUGCUGAUAGAGAGGGUAAAAGAUAAAAGUGGAGCGCGAGCGUGCACUUCAUACCGAUUUCUCUUCCGUCUUUUUUUUUUUUUUUUUUAGGGUGACGCCGAAUGCGCAUGAAAUUCAAACGCAGGGGAAAUUGAUUUCCGCCGCGCGCGCGUAUUUAUUAUUAGCUAUUAUUAUUAUUAUUAUUAUUAUUAUUAUUAUUAUAAUUAUUAUUUAUUGAGGAUCAUAUUUCCAGCUUGAAAAUCCGAAGGAGGAAAGAAAAAAAAAAACCCACCCCACCACCAUUGCGCAUUUGCGCGGACGGACGAGCGACGCGUUGGAGCAGCGCCUGAAUGAGCUGCAACUUUGCUCGGUGAAAAGAAAAAAAAAAGAAGAGAGAAAAAAAAAAAAAAAGGGGGCGUUCCGUGCUCGAGCGCUGCGAUCGAGGCGGACGCUCGCGCACAGAAGCUCGCGGUGGUCCCGCCGCAAAAGCGCGCCUUCUCAUCAGCCGCAGCUUUGCGCCGCACAACUUCGGGAUCUCGCGUUCGCUUUCGUGGAACAGCGCUCUCAUCCUCAUGCUCCACGCAGUCGCCGCCAGGGCCCGGCGGGAUCGUAAGAAGAUCGACGCGCGAGACAGAUGUGACCGGCGUGAAAAUGGAUCUCGUGUUGGUUUUGAGGUUUUGCUCCGCGACAGACAGUUUUCAGGUUGUUUCUGAGAUGCGUUCCGAGUGACCCUCUGACAUUACGCAUUGCGCGUCAGCUCGAUUCACGGCGUUUAAAAAAAACAAAAAACCAAAAAAAAAAAAAAAUGGCAAACCAAAGUCCCUAUGAUAAUCGGGAUAUCGUUGAGAAGUAUCUGUAUCACAAACUUUUGAAGCGAGGCUACGUGUGGGAGUUCCGCGCUGGAGCAGAGCAAGGCGACGGAUUGAGGGAGCCGCCGGCGGAAGUUGUGGAUCGCAGGCCGCACGCCGUCUUACCGCUGCACCGCGUUCUCCGGGAGGCCGGCGAUGAGAUCGAGCGGACGUACCAGCGCGACUUCGCGGCCAUGUCGGACCAGCUGCACUUUACCCCGAGCACCGCGCAGCGCCGCUUCACCGCCGUCAUCGAGGAGCUGUUCCGGGACGGCGUGAACUGGGGCCGCAUCGUGGUCUUCUUCGAGUUCGGUAGCACCCUUUGCGUGGAGAGCGUGAACCAGGAGAUGGCGUCCCAGGUGGACAACAUAGCAAGUUGGAUGACGGAUUACCUGAACGGGCCAUUGCAGAACUGGAUUCGGGACAAUGGAGGCUGGGAUGCCUUUGUGGAGCUCUACAGUCAUCAGAGAGCGUCCAUGUUCCACCCCUGGCCAUAUUUAAAGACAGUCUUUGGCCUGGCAGCAUUGGGAGCAGCGGGAGUCACCAUCGGCGCCCUUUUUUCUCAAAAGUGAUCAUCU